ACAGCAAUGAACUCGUCACUCACCGGAGUUUUCCACAAAUAAACACACUCGUCAGACUUCGCCAAGGUAACGACAUCCUGCAACUCUACGUGCUGCAAGGGAAACCUCAUCUGAUCAUCACAGCAAGAUGGCAUCGGGUCUUUUAUUCUGUGUGAUCCUCUGUUUGACCAGUGGACUGUGGACUGGAGCAAAUGCUCAAGGUCCAGAAGAAGGUGGAUGCCCUUCUCCAUGGAGACAGUUUCGUGACAGGUGCUACGUGGUCAGGUUAAGUGAAUUGGCAUGGGAUGAUGCACAGGCGGCCUGCGCUGCUGCGGGUGGGGAAUUGGCCAAAAUCGACACCGAAGCCAAAAGGGACUUCGUUAAACAAAUGAUCAAAAAGGGGGCUGGCUCAAACAGAGAAGCUUGGAUUGGACAAGUUAGUUCAGCAAAGGAGAAUUUCCAACCCGGGAGUGAAGGAAAAUAUUGCUCUGAGGUUAACAACGAAGGUAAAUCUGUCUGCUCAGACAAGAAACCUUAUGUAUGUUCCAAGCCUCUGUGAUGAUCCCAGCCAUGUGCUGUCACUCCCACUGACGAUGUGACUUCCACCGGGAUGUCAAGCCUCGGUGACAUCACUCUCAAAACAU